CAUUGCUUUUGAAGAGUUGAAAGCUUGCUUCCUGAAGAGCACCGUGCUCUCUUGUAAUCUCUCUAUAAAGAGAGCUCAUGAUGCCUCGGCACUGGAGCACCUCCUAAGGUCUUGUGGAGAUGGGGCUGCUCCUCUUUCUUGCUCUCUCUCUUCUCCUCGCAAGAGCAUCUCCUCUUGGAGAUGUUCCUCAAAACUCAUGCUCUACCGAGUCCAAAGAGGACCACAGCUUCGACAGCUCCGGCCUCCACCUCACUCUCCACCACCCCCGGAGCCCCUGCUCGCCGGCCACCCUCCACCACCUCUCCUUCUCCACCGUGCUCUCCCAUGACGACUCCCGUGCCCAAUUCCUCGCCGCCCGGCUGAACAAAACCGCCCACAGGCCGAAAUCCGCCCUCCUCGACCCCGACGCCGCCACCAUCCCCCUCAGCUCCGGCAUGUCCAUCGGCGUCGGAAACUACAUCACCCGCAUCGGCCUCGGCACCCCCUCCACCUCCCACGUCAUGGUCGUCGACACCGGCUCCUCCCUCACCUGGCUCCAGUGCUCCCCCUGCCGCGUCUCCUGCCACGAACAGGUCGGCGCCGUCUUCAACCCCGCCUCCUCCUCCUCCUACCGCACCGUCUCCUGCUCCGCAGCCGAAUGCGGCGGUCUCCAGUCCGCCACCCUCAACCCCUCCGCCUGCACCACGUCCAACGUCUGCAUCUACCAGGCCAGCUACGGAGACAGCUCCUUCUCCGUUGGUUACCUCGGCAAGGACACCCUCUCACUCGGCAGCGCCGGCGGGGUCCUCCCCAACCUUGUCUUCGGCUGCGGCCAGGAUAAUGAGGGCCUCUUCGGCAAGUCGGCCGGCCUCAUCGGUCUGGCGCGUAAUAAACUAUCCCUGCUAUCGCAGCUUGCCCCCAAACUCGGCAACGUCUUCUCCUACUGCCUGCCGACGACGGCGUCCACCGGAUAUGUGACGAUCGGGUCAUAUCCACCGGCUCGUUACGAGUACACUCCGAUGGUCUCGAGCUCGCUGGACAGCUCGCUCUACUUCGUCAGGAUCACUGGCUUUACAGUCGGAGGGAAGGGGCUCGCGGUGGCACCGUCGGCGUACACCAGGACGCCGACGAUCAUUGACUCAGGCACGGUGAUUUCCCGGCUACCGUCGGAUGUCUACACGGCGUUGAGCAAGGCGGUGACGGCGGCGCUCAAAGGGCACGCCCGGGCGCCGGCGUACUCGAUACUGGACACGUGCUACAAGGGGAGUGCGCAGGGGCUGGCGGUGCCGGAGGUGGAUAUGGUGUUCCAAGGGGGGGCGAAGUUGAGGCUGCCGGCGAGGAAUGUGAUGAUCGACGUGGACAGCGGCACGACGUGCCUGGCGUUUGCGCCGGCCGGGAGGGUGGCGAUCAUCGGGAACAGGCAGCAGCAGACGUUCCGGGUGGCGUACGAUGUGGCGAGGUCGAGGAUUGGGUUCGCCGCCGGUGGGUGUGGGUGAGGUCGUGGUUCACGAUAGUGGCGGGAACAAUAAUAUAAUAAAAGAUGGAUGUAUAUUCUAUUCUUGCUUAAUGGAGAAGGGGAACUUGAUAAAGCGGCAAAGAAGGGGAUAUAGUAUCACCGGGAUAUGGUAUUCCAAAGGAAGGUGACCAUGACGGAAGGACUAUGGCGGGCCAGUGUGCUGACCUUUAUAUCAAGUUAUUAGGUAGAUGAAACCAAAGUAGUAUAAAUAUAUCUAUGAAAAUCCAAAAAUAAAAUAUUUCCAAAAAUAGCUGCAAGAUCUAGUAUAGAAUUCUAUAAUAUAGUCUCAGUAUGAUUGGCCAUAAG